UUGUAUGUCAAUGACAUAAUAUUAAUUCUCUCACACACAAACAAUAAUGUUGCCUGAUAUACUUUUUCGUUCAUUCCGAUCCAACAGCUCAAGUAAGCAAAGAAACAAAAUGAACGUUGAAAUUAGAGAAAUGAGAAAUUGCGAACUUCAACUCCCGUCCUUCUCAAUGCCAUCAACAAAAAUAGGAGUAGAUUGUCCAGUGCUUCCAGGUGCAAACAGAAAAUUUGUAGCCCCAGAUUUAUCCUUUCGAUCAGACAACCACAGCAACAGAAAUCCUUGGAUCAAGACAAAGAAAAUGGCGAGUAAAGUCUCCAACUUCUCCGAUCUGAUCCAACGGGUCACUGCAUCAUGCUUGCUCCACCCGCUCGCCGGCGGUCGCCACGAUAUCGACGAUUUCUCCGACGAAAACCCAGCCGAAGGAGAAGGAUCCGGCGACGUCGACAUUUACAAGUCUGAUGAGGAAUUUGAAGAUUUCGAGGAUGAAUUAGAUGGGGAGAGGAAUCAGAGUCAAAGGAUUAGGGCUUGGGGAGCUGCUGCGGCGGAGGAAGGUGGUGGAGCGAGAGGGGAAAGGUUGGUUGAAUUGGAGAUGAUGAUUGGGGAUGUGUUUGAAGUGGUGUCGGCUAUGAAGAGGGCGUAUGUUAGUCUUCAGGAGGCACAUUGUCCUUGGGAUCCGGAUAAGAUGCGCGUGGCUGAUGGGGCGGUGGUGGCGGAGCUGAGAAGAUUGGGGGUUUUUAGGGAGAGAUUUCGACGUGGGUGUGGCGGCGGCGGAAGGGGGAGAAUUAGGGGUCCGCCGGGGUUGAGAUUGAAGGAGGUGGUGGCGCCGUACGAGGCGGCGGUGGAGGAAUUGAAGAGGGAGGUGAAGGUUAAGGAAUGUGAAGUUGAGAAUUUGAAGGAGAAAUUGAAAACGGCGACCAGUUUGAAUGGUGGCGGCGGCGGCAAGAAAGGCCGCUCUCAUUCUUCUCAUCAGUCAAAGCGAAAAGUCCAUUGCAGUCAAGCCCAUGUUGCGGUGGCGGCUACGCCGGAGCUAUUCGAAUCUACAAUGAUCACGGUAAUAGAAGCGGCGAAAUCGUUCACUGCUUUACUUUUAUCUCUUAUGAGAACCGCCAACUGGGAUAUCGCCGCCGCAGUCAGAUCUAUAGAAGCCGCCACCAACAAUAACAACUCCGGCGGAUCAAUAUUCCAAGAUGCGCCCGCCGUGGGAGCCCAUUAUGCCAAAUUUGCCCUUGAAUCGUACGUGAACCGUAAGAUCUUUCAAGGAUUCGACCACGAAACCUUCUACAUGGACGGAAGCCUUUCCACUCUCCUUCAACCGGACCAAUAUCGUCGAGAAUGUUUCACCCAGUACAGAGAUAUGAAAGCCAUGGAUCCCACCGAGCUUCUCGGGAUCUUACCGACUUGUCAGUUUGGGAAAUUCUGCUCUAAGAAGUACCUUUCGAUCGUACAUCCUAAAAUGGAGGAGUCGUUGUUCGGCGAUCUGGAGCAGCGGCGGCAGGUAUUGGCAGGGAAUCAUCCGAGAAGUGAGUUUUACGGCGAGUUUUUGGUUUUGGCAAAGGCGGUGUGGCUGUUACAUUUGCUGGCGUUUUCUUUGGACCCACCUCCUAGUCAUUUUGAGGCGACAAAAGGCGGUGAUUUUCAUCCUCAGUAUAUGGAGAAUGUCGUUAAAAUGUCUGGAGGCGGCCGUGGCACAGCGGGGAUGAUGGUAGGUUUUCCGUUGAGCCCCGGCUUCAAACUGUGUAACGGGUCGGUUACUAAAGCCCGGGUCUGUCUUUUGCCAAAGGCAUGAAAUUAUGUUCGGGUCGGGUCGGAUAAUUGGAUGGAGAUCGAUAGAGGACUAUCUAAUAAUAAUAAUAAUAAAUAAUGUAACAUAAUGUAGCUCUCAAGGCAGCUUUAGGGUUUGUAUGAUUACUACUUAAACUUAUAUGGAGCUCCAGUGCUCCACCCGAAAACCAUGAGUGGUAAGUUGCAUCUUUAUUUAAACAACUUUAAUUUCA